AUGCGGCGUGCGGCACGCGCCUACGCUUUUGUGAGGCCUCCGUGGAGGCAUUGGGCGUGCGGGACUGGGGCGAUGAUGCAGCCGUGCUGUGGAUGCUCACAGGAGAGCGGAGCGACUAUCGCCACAAAAACAGUACCAUCAGCGACUUCCAGCAGGACUGAGGCACCGCAUGUGGUGCAGGGUAAGUGGGACCCAAUGGCAACGCUGACGGGUGUUUUCCGUUCUCACCCCUCAGCGCUGCGGUUGCACCGUGAGCUGACGAUAUGCAUCGCGAACGGUGACGCGGAAGGGGCGGCUGACGUCGCCUCUGUGCUGGCACAAACCGUGAGGCGUGUGGUGCAGCAGUCUAAAGAAGACGCCGAUACAACAGGGAAGAACACGACACCUGAUUUAUCUAUAGGUGCUUCCAGUUCAACUAGUGGUGAAUAUGUCCCCGAAGUGGGGCCAGAUGAUAUUGAGCUCUCAGUUGAGCAGACACGUCGAAGUAUGCUCGCUAAGAACGGAGACAAAGCUGCAGAGGCCUUCAUUGAGGAUUGUGGUCGGUCUGCAUGUGGCGCCGAAAUUGAGUCCCCCGUGAGUGUGGAGUUGCCUUUCUGGAAGCAGCCGAGUGCCCUUCGUGUGACAUUGCUCGAGACUGCCUUUGAAAUGACGCUGCCUAAUGGCGAUCACGUGGAGAAUCCGUUGAACUCUCUGAGCGCGCAGGCGGAGCAGCACGAAAAGGAGCGGAUGUCCCUCCUCGACGAGUACUUGACGCGUGAAAAGGCACGAUGGGAGGCACAGAAGAAGGGCAUUGGGCGUGUUUUGCUUUCCACCGCGCAGCGACUCGGUAUAACACCAGAGGACUUGCAUAGUGCGCUGCACGAAGGGGGCAAUACGCGUGCGGUAAACCACGACGGGCGUCUCCACGUGCUGAAGCACUGCAAUCUAAUUGUGCGUGGUGAGGCGCCUGAGAUGAUGGAAUUGCUGGAGAAGGGCGCUAACGGGGACGUGGGGGCGGUGGCAGCGGAAGAGUUUGAGGUUCUUGUUCGCCGAAUGGAGAGCAGUGGCGCUCCUCUUUCACCAUCCGAGAAGGAAAUGGCGCUUUUUGAGCUUGUGAUGACAAAGUCGAAAAUGCGGUAUGUUGUUGGCCUCCACCGUGAGCUUCAGCUCGCCUUAGAUGGGUCAGAGCCGUUGCGCAAGCUCGCAUCCCAGAAUGUGGUGUCCUCCUCCGGUUCUGAAGUGUUUGUCCAGAAAGCGAUUGAGGCUCUCAAUAAGGUUGCGCCCAACGGCACCGAAACACGUGCCGAAGAGGUGGAGCUUAUCGAGGCCGUGUCCACUCCUGUCCUGCCCUUCACGUUCAUGCUGAAGAUGUGUUUCUGGUUCGACACUACGCGGUGA